AUGCUCGAUUUCAUGGAUUACAUCCAACUCGCCUUCGCCGAGGCGACGAAUUGGAACCGCGACAAUUCAUACUCGUCGCUGACAGCCACUGCGCAGUCCCUCCUCGACUUCUCCACUCCCGAACGUCUGCGCGUCCAUCUCUCCUCCCUAUCCACUCCGCACUUCGCAACAAGUUACACCCUCGGCACCGUCGGCCUCAUCGAUGGCUCAGUCUCCUACCUCUUUAGCACUGUCCCUCUCGAUAAAUUCCCCAGCCGAAGUGCCCUGAUCCCCCUCCGCAAGCUCUCCCCGGGCUACCGUCAAGUGCAAGCACCCAUCGCACCCAUCGCAGAAACAAUCCUCAUCAACGAUGACCUCAACGAUGCCUCCGCAUACACCACCAUCGGCAAGAAGGCGACCCUCUUCCACGCAACCCUACAUCUCCCACCCCCGACAACCCUAAACGCCCUCUUCCUACGCCGUAUCUCCCCAACCAUGCAACUCUCCCUAGCAGUCUGCUCAACCCGAGGCCCGCCGCUCUCCAAAUCCGCCCCGCAAGCCUCUCUCCUCGCCCAACUCUCCCACAACACGGGCAAAUACAACAACGAGUACCUCUUCAGCACGGAUAAUGCCCUCUUCGGCUGGCGUGGACUGUGGAACUUCGGCCCGGAUCCCCGCGACCCUGUUGCUUCGGGCUCUUCUCCCAGGUUAUCGUUGCUCUCUGCUGGCGCGGAGGCUUACUAUUCUCCUGUUUCGUCGCUGAUUGGCAUGUCAACGGGACUGAGAUUUAGCACUGCUAAUGCCAACACCCCCAUCUCUACCUUCCCCUACACCCUCACUCUUACUUUGACACCGUUAACGGGGUCCCUCUCAACUACGUACUCCCUCCGCGCAUCCCCGAACCUAGCAUUUAGCUCCCGCUUCGGGUUUAACGUCUAUAGCUGGGAAAGUGAGAUGGUAGCGGGGUGCGAACUCUGGCGGAAGAGUAAGUCCCGCUAUCGUGAUGAUGGUGAUGGUGUGGAAUGGGCGCGACGGAAGAUACGCGAGAGCUUGUUUCCUCAUCCGCAUCCUCAUCUAUCUACCUCCACGCCUAAUGAUAUUAAAGAUCUAGCGGGCCAUGCAUUAGAGAAGAGUGGGAAAGGAGAAGAGGAGGAGAACGAAUCCGUGUUGAAAAUUAGGGUGGAUCAGUCGUGGAAUGUGCGGUUGUUGUGGGAAGGUCGGGUCAAGGAGUUGUUGGUACUAAUUGAUAGAGUGGUCGAGGUUUAUAGUAACGAAAGGUGUUUGAGAGAAUUAAGGUUAAUGGUGGUAUUCAAUUUGGAUUUAUAG